UUCAGUUUUUCCCGGUCAGUGCAUGCAAUCAGUGCCGAGCUUGCCUAUGGUAAUGUCGGGUCCUGGUUUCCAAACUACUGCUCUGCCUCCACCUCCUCCACCCCCACCACCGCCACCCCCUACAUUUGCGCAACAGAUGCAGGCUCCAGCUUCUAAUCUCUUAGAAACCUUAAUGAGCAGGGCAGGUCUACCUUGUAAUACACUAAGCGAUUUAAAUCUAAAUAAUAAACCAAAUGACAAACCUGAUUCUGUUCGUGAGAGCUCUCCCAUGAAACAAAUCAACAAACUGUUAAGCUCAGCUGCAAGUUCUCUUUUAAACCAACUUGCAGGUAGCCAAAGAACGGAUGUAGACACUUCCUCUUCUGAUCCAUUGCCACCUCCUCCACCACCACCGUUACCAUUCCAACAACAUAAUGAGCUGCCGCCAACCACUUCUACUCUGUCACAUUCAUUCGUACCUCCUCCACUCCCAGCAGUAAUUAAUCCGUUUUCUAACAACGAAAUCGGUGACAAAGUGUUGCCUAAUGGUGCAUGUGGAGAAACUAAAACGGAAAGUAAGAAACCUUUUGGAGACAUGAAGAUUGAGGAAGUACUAGCAAAGCGGAAAAGAUACGACUUCUCUUCACGUCGUGAGUGGCAAGAACGUAUCGCCUUGGAAGUAAAAUCAGUUUUAAAACCUGCAUACUCUCUACGACGUAUAAAUAAAGAAGAUUACAAAGAAAUCAUGAAAAAGGCUGUUACUAAGGUAAGAGGUAUCAGUAAAUGUAUACUAGUUCAUUGUAGAUUUCGCGAAGUGGUACUUCUUCAAUCAAUACCGAAAAAAUAAGCACAUUUGUAAAGCUGUAUAUUGAGAAAUAUCACCGUAUGCAUAAAAUAAAAGCUCAGGCAACUGCAAAGGCAACUGUACAGUGAACGUGUUAUUUUAAUUUCAUUGUAAAUUGUAUAUAAUAUAGAUUAUUUAAUAUAUACCAGAAGGUUAUGUUUUUCAGCUCAUGUUAGAAACAGCAUCUUCUCUAUUUAUAGGUGUUUUAUAUAGUUUGUCAUAAUUAACAUACAGCCUAGAAUAAAUGUGUGUUAGCCCAAGUUGCCAUGUCACUUCAGGACGGCGAGUUGAAAUUAACAAAAAUACCAAAUAAGUAGAAGCCAUGUAGUAUUAGUGUCAAUGACUAGAACUAAACAUGAAGAAUAUGGUUCGAAAAAGAUGAGUUUUUAGUUAUUAUAUACAUCAUAGGGUGUCGAUAUGUCACUACAUUUUUUGG